UUCGUGCUAGGUGCUAAUGCAAAAGCCAUUGGCUUUUUAGAUACCUCCCUAGACCAACAUCUGUACAUACUCCAGAGUACACAUUGCUCGAUUGCCGUGACAAAAAUUGUAAGACAAAAUUUCGAGUUUUGCAUUAUGUGCUGCUGUUUUGUUCAGAAUCUAUGUAAAUAAGAAAGUGUUUGUGUAUUCAUUUAUAAAACUAAUAGUCGCGAGUGCACUUAAGCCACCAACAACUAUGCUACAAAUCAGAAUGGCUUGAAAAAAGCAACAUAAAAGCUAACAGAAUAACCCACACCCCGCACCCGCUGUCGCAGCAAAUGCGCCACUUGGUAUAGAAGGGAGAACAAAGCGCCUCCAUCUCCUGUCUCCGCCUCGACUACGGCAAGGAGCAAUCAGCAGAAGCCAUUAGUCUGAAACAACGACCACCAUUUAUCAUUCAGCAUGUUACAGAAAUGCAUAUUGAUUCUGUAUGGAUUUUGCGUCAUAAAUUUUUGGGGCUGUCGAAUACAAAAUGCCGCUUACUGUGCGAAAGUAACACCUCAAGAUGUGGAAAAGCAACAGACGCAGCAGUUUUCCUCGAGUGACAUUGUCGCCCAAUUCGCUCUGCCGCCAAUCGCAGGCAAUGCCUUUGGACCCAGUUCCACAUCCACGUCGACGGUGACGAGCUUUGUCAAUCGGACUGGCGCUGCCGGAGCUGGCGCAUUGCCUGGGACAAAUGCCCAGUCAAAGAACUAUUUUACUCAUCUGAGCUUUGACAGUAGGCAGAAUGUGUUCUACGCAGGUGCCACAAAUAAAAUUCUGCAAUUAAAUGAAAAUCUGCGAGUGCUUAACCAAGCAAUCACAGGACCGAAGCACGAUGCUCCACAAUGUCAUGCGGGUGGCUGUCCCGAGGAUGUUGAAACAACGCUCGUGAACAACUACAACAAAGUGUUAAUUGUAAGCUAUGCGCAUAACGAUGGAAUUCUUAUAUCUUGUGGCAGUAUUCGUCAAGGUGCUUGUGAAAUCUACAAUCUGCCACGAUUUCCAGCUGCGCCACAAUUCAUCGCAGUGCCUGUGGCUGCUAACGAUGAAUAUGCCACAACGUAUGCCUUCGUAGGGCCCGCUCGUUAUUCAUGGAAAGAGGAAGACAUACUAUAUGUUGGCACCACAUUCACCAAUGUUGGUGACUACCGUCAUGAUGUGCCUGCCAUUUCUUCCCGUCGUCUAGACGACCUUAAUUAUGCCGAAUUCUCGAUAUCACAGUCAAUUAUUAACAUCGAUGUCAAGUAUCGUGAUCACUUUUUGGUUGAUUAUGUAUUUGGAUUCAACUCUUCGGAGUAUGCGUACUUUGUGCUGGUGCAAAAGAAAUCGCAUUUGGCCGAAGAGGCUGGAUAUAUAACACGUCUAGCUCGUAUAUGCAUUACAGAUCCGAAUUAUGACAGCUAUACUGAAAUCACAAUUCAAUGCACAGCAACCGACGAUCAUACAGACUACAAUAUAUUACGUGACGCGAAGAUAACACAUGCUAGCCAGAAAUUGGCACACCAAAUGGGCAUAAAGCGGGAUGAUCAUGUACUUGUUACGGUCUUUUCACCAUCAAAAGAGAUCACCGAUCAGCCGCAGGAUAAAUCAGCCAUGUGUAUCUACAGUUUGAAAGAUAUUGAAGAUGCGUUUAUAGAGAACAUACACAUGUGCUUUAAUGGCACAAUCAAAGAUCGCAAUCUAGGCUAUAUAUCUGGCACAAUAAACGAUGGACGCUGUCCAAUUGUCGGAUCAUUAGGAAAUAUUUUCAACUUUUGCUUCGUAGGAUUGAAAAUAAGUGGUGUGGCACCUGUGACGGCUCAUGCCCUCUUCCAUUUCGAUGUAUCCGUGACGUCAGUUACUGCCACAACAACAGGGCAACACUCGCUGGCCUUCCUAGGGACCGAAGCUGGCACCAUCAAGAAGGUGUUGUUGUCCGGCUCAAAUCCUGGUGAGUACGAGGAGAUUAUCGUCGAUCCCGGCAAUCGCAUCUUGCCCAACACUAUGAUGUCACCCAAGAAGGACUUCCUCUAUGUGCUGUCCAAACGGAAGAUAUCCAAAUUGCGCAUCGAACAUUGUUCGGUGUAUACAAACUGUUCGGCAUGCCUAGAGUCUCGGGAUCCUUUCUGCGGUUGGUGUUCGCUAGAGAAACGCUGCACGGUACGUUCUACAUGUCAGCGGGACACAUCAGCAUCGCGUUGGCUUUCACUGGGCAGUGGACAGCAAUGCAUUGACUUCGAGUCCAUUGUGCCUGACAAAAUUCCCAUUACCGAACUGACACAGGUUCAGUUAAUAAUAAGGACGCUGCCGGAGCCAUUUAAUGCCAAGUACCGAUGUGUUUUUGGCAAUUCAACGCCCAUCGAUGCAGAAGUUUUGGAGAAUGGGCUUUCUUGUGCCACCCCUCCUAUUGAUCAACGUCCUAUUAUCGCUAGCGAUAUGGAUCACGUUCUGGUGCCAUUGUCCGUGCGCAGUUCCGAGACCAACAAGGAUUUCGUUUCGCGAUCCUUUGCCUUCUUUAAUUGCUCUCAUCACAGCACUUGUCAGACUUGCGUGCGCAGCUCAUGGGGUUGCAAUUGGUGCAUAUUCGAUAAUAAAUGUGUGCACAAAUCGGAUCAGUGUCGCAAUAUGGAAAACCCCAUUAGUGGUGAGGGUCAGUGUCCGCACUUGAAGCGAACCAGGGAGCCCAUUUUAUUGCCGGUGCGUGUGCCUAAGGAGAUACGCCUAGAGAUUGAGAAUCUGCCUAAGCCGAAAAGUGCGCAUGCGGGCUUCCUUUGCACUAUCCAAAUAGAGGCGGCUCAAAUGUUGCUGCCGGCUCGCAUUGAGUCCAAUAAGGUGGUCGUUUGCGAGAAAACGCUCUACUUCUAUGAGACCAAUACUCAUGAGUACGAAGCUAAGGUGGACAUUACAUGGAAUCGUCAGCACUAUGUGGAUACGGCUACCGUUAUCCUCUACAAAUGCGAUGUGCUUGGCUCGCAUCGCGAGCACGCCGAUUGCAGCUUGUGCGUAACUCGAGACCCAAAAUAUCAGUGCGCCUGGUGUGGGAAUUCCUGCGUGUACAAUGAGACGUGUGCCCAAGGCGGCAUGAUCGAUGGCUCGGCUGGUGGUGCAUUUAACGCCAUUGCCAAUCCGCCGUUGCGGCAAAAUGAAUGCCCACGUCCGAGAAUUGACAUUAUUAAGCCACUUUCUGGACCCGUUGAAGGUGGCACUCUGGUCACUAUUGAGGGAAGUAAUUUGGGAAUACGCGAAGAAGACGUGCGUGGAAAAAUUUCCAUUGGUUCAGUGCCUUGCGAACUGGUCAAUUAUCAGAUAUCUGUGAAAAUUGAAUGUCGCACUGGGGCGGCGGCCCAUGAGAUGUCAGCGCCAAUUAAAGUGGCCAACGAGGCGGGCUACACCGAGUCCAGCGUACAGUUUCAUUUCAAGGAUGUUCAACUGACUGGCUUAUAUCCGACGGUUGGUCCCAAAUCUGGCGGCACGCAAUUGUCGCUGAUGGGAAAGUAUCUUAAUAUUGGUUCGAACAUCAGAGCAUUCCUCGAUGAAUACGAGUGUCAUAUCAAUGUGACACAAGCCUCAUCCUCAAGACUAACUUGCACCACUUCGGAGGCCACUCAACCAGAGCCUAUACGUUCACUUCGUUUGGUCGUCGAUGGAGCAAAUCGUACAUUUACCUGCCAAAAUUCGCCACUGCCACCAUUCUCCAAUCAACAACAAUUACUGCCACCACAAAGGGGGAACUACGCCUACCAUUACCAUAUGCCGCCACCAAGGCCCUGCUCCAUUUUCAAUUAUACUCAGGAUCCACGCAUUAUGCAAAUAAAACCUUUGCGUAGUUUCAUAAGCGGAGGACGUAUUCUAACAGUACACGGAAUGUACUUGGACUCUAUACAAAAGCCAGAACUAGAGGUUUAUUUCGAUAGUGAACGCGUGAACAAGACCUCCUGUGUGGUAAUUAAUACCAGCCAAAUGGAGUGUCCUUCCCCACCUGUCAACUCCAAGUUCCAAUUACUACGAAAUUCGAUACAAAUGGCACAAUCGCCGGACAAGGACUCACCUCCACCAACGGGCUCAGGAGUCGUAAGGAAACGAAGUAUCCCGUACAGUGAUAAUUUCCACAUUUAUACGACGAUGAGCAAUGCAGGCGCUACGGCUUCUAGCUACUAUUCAUCCAACAACGUUGACGUAGCGGCCUUUGUGAAGGUACAUGAAACUCAAUUGAGUCUGCAGCUCAGUUUUGUGAUGGAUAACGUGCAGCUGGUUCGCGAUUUGAACAAAUAUUUUCAUGAUAUACGUAGCACAAUUGUGUAUGUGGCUGAUCCCAAAUAUUUUCCAUUUCCAAACGAUGGUGUUAAGCUCUACAAAGGGGACACAUUGGUCAUCGAAGGAGAGCUCUUAAAUCUAGCGGCCGAUGAAUACGACGUGAAUGUUACGAUAGGCACAUCACAAUGCAAUAUCACCAGCUUGGCACUCUCGCAACUGCUCUGCAUCCCGCCAGAGAAGCAACCACUGCCCACAGACGAGAAUGGAGUGGAUCAGCCAGUUGAUUUGCCUUUAGUUGUCGUAAAGGUGGGUCGCAAUUUGCGCUUCGUCAUCGGCUACUUGCGCUACGAUCUAAAUAAGCCCUACUCAUUCUCCCAUGCCAUGCCUUGGAUCGCCGUUGCAGUGAUCAUUAUUGUUUGUGUCUGUUUCGUUGCCCUGUUCAUAUACAGUCGUAAGUCAACGCAGGCUGAGCGUGAGUACAAACGCAUUCAGAUACAGAUGAUCACAUUGGAGAGCAAUGUGCGUUCAGAAUGCAAACAGGCAUUCGCCGAACUCCAGACCGAUAUGACAGACUUGUUUGCGGAUCUGGAGAGCACGGGAAUCCCGACGUUAGAUCAUGUCAAUUACAUUAUGAAGGUUUUCUUCCCAGGCGUAUCGGAUCACCCCAUUCUUAACUCCCCGAAAUUGCGUGGCAAUAGUCCGCUGACGAAUUACGAUGCCGCCAUGCUGCAAUUCGAGCAGCUUAUUAGCAAUAAAUACUUUCUGCUCACCUUUAUUGAAACCCUGGAGGGUCAGAAUUCGUUUAACAUACGCGAUCGCGUGAAUGUCGCCUCACUGUUGAUGGUCGUUCUCAUGAAUAAGAUGGAAUAUGCAACAGAGAUAUUAAAAUCGUUGCUAUUGCGUCUGAUCGAUAAGACUCUGGCGAGCAAGCACCCAGAGUUGAUGCUGCGACGCACUGAGAGCGUAGUGGAGAAAAUGCUCUGCAACUACUUGGCCAUAUGCAUGUACGAUUAUCUUAAGGAAUACGCCGGAUCCUGUCUCUUCUUGCUGUUUAAGGCCAUUAAGCAUCAGGUGGAGAAGGGUCUGGUGGAUGCCAUAACCAACGAUGCACGCUAUUCGCUCUCGGAGGAGCGUUUGCUGCAUGAACAGGUCACCCACUCGGUUGUCAUCCUACACAUUCUGCAGGACGACCUCGACGAGAAGGUGCAGUGUCGUGUGAAUGACUGGGACACAAUAUCACAGGUGAAGCUGAAGAUUCUCGAUGCCAUUUUCAAGAACACGCCAUUCUCCAUGCGCCCCUCGGUACAUGAAGUUGAUUUGGAAUGGCGCCACGGUCGCGGAGGACAUUUGACUUUGCAAGACGAAGAUCUUACCACCAAGACCAUUAACGGUUGGAAGCGACUUAACACUUUGGCGCACUAUGGCGUCAAGGAAUCGGCGGUAAUGUCGCUGAUUGCCCGCCAAAUUGACAGCUAUAAUAUGCCGUACAGCAAACAGCAGCCUCCGUAUCACAAUUUUUACUAUAUUAACAACUCACAGAGUCAUAUUAUAAUCAACAACGAUAUCGAAUCGGGGCUGCAACAGCCGCGCAUUUACCAUCUAGUAAAACCCGUAAUACCCGACCACUAUAUGAACAUCAAGAACUCGGCAAUGUCGGGCACAUUGUCUGGGGCUCCAGCCGCACAUUGCAUCAGUGGCAGUGAGCGUGUGAACAAAACCAUACCUGAAGUGUACUUGACGCGCCUGCUCGCUACAAAAGGUACCAUACAGAAGUACGUCGACGAUUUCUUCGCAACGAUCCUGACUGUUAACGAGGAACUGCCACCGGCAGUUAAAUGGCUCUUCGAUCUGCUGGAUGAGGCGGCUCGAAGGCACGAUCUGGCCGAUUCAGAUAUUCUGCAUGCGUGGAAAUCGAACAGUUUGCCACUACGUUUUUGGGUGAACUUUAUUAAAAAUCCCGACUUUAUAUUUGAUGUGAAUAAAACAUACGCUGUGGAUUCUUGCCUUAGUGUCAUAGCGCAAACGUUUAUGGAUGCCUGCUCGACAACAGAGCAUAGACUGGGCAAGGACUCGCCCUCAAAUAAGUUACUCUUUGCAAAGGAUAUACCACAGUAUCGAAAGAUGGUCAAGGAGUUUUAUCGCGAUGUCGCGCGACUGCCACAAAUAAGUGAUCAGGAAAUGAACACAGCCAUGCAACAGCUAUCCGUGCAACAAACUGAGGAGUUCGAUACAAUAUCGGCUUUGAAGGAACUAUACAUUUAUAUUACCAAGUAUAGAGAGCAAAUAAUGGAUGCUCUUCAGUCGGACAUAAAUUGUAAAAAAAUGAACCUAUCCCUUAAACUUCAGAACGUUGCCUGCACGCUGGACGGCGAGGACACUUCCAAAUGCUGACAAGAACAUGUCGAACUCUCAAAUCUUAACCUCAAUCGCAAUCUCAUCUUCGAGUUCACAAUGCGAAUUACGCUAUUCGCUUUUUGCGUCCGUACGCAAGGGCACUGUAUAAACGUUAUUAUAUUUUUCAAUUUAGACGCGGUCCCGAUUCUCAACAUGUGCCAAUGCAAUAAUCUCUAACUUCACGCUCUCAUAAUGGUGCAUAUCGAGUAAGGCGUCUCUGCUUGGUACUGUCUUGUACAACUCUGAGAAGAAGAGGAGGUAUGCGGCGUCAAUGUUUGUACUUACUGCAAGUAAGGAUAUAGGCUAAUAGCUAAUCUCGAACGAUGUAGGAAAAGCUAUAUAGCUUUAGCAGUCGUAUGACUAGCCUGUAUUGCAAACGCGAACUGUCCUUCGACCUCAAUUUCAGCCAGAAGUGUGCAGGACAAGAUAUACAUAUGAUGAGCACAAAUCACCACAUCACAAAUACAAUUAAUCAAAAGACAGUAGAACAGUUAAUCUCGAAUCGGUAUAGCGUUUACACAGGCACUCACUCUCACACAAGCAAACACAAAUAUACAUAUAUAUGUAUACAUAUAUGUAUAUGCAUUUAUGUAUUUCUAUACAUGUAUGUAUACAUGGUAAAUAUGCCAAUGCAUUUAUAUACAUACAUAUUUACCCUUGCAUAGCAUCGAUAUGUUUUACGACUGAAUUCUACACAAAACAUGCAACACAGCAAACAAACAAACAAACAAAAAAAAAACAUAAGCAAAAGGAUAAAUUAGUAAAGAGUAAACAAAUGAAAAGUCUGCUUGAUAUUGAGCACAAAUUUGUUAAAGCCAAUAUUAAUUGCAUUUAUAUUGAAUUUUAUAUUAUGUUAAGGUUAGAAUUAGUCAUAUACACGUCUACAUACAUACAUACAUGCACAUCCAUUAACAUACAUACAUACAUACUUCCCAUGUAUUACCCAUUUGUAAUGGGAAUUUCUCGAGUCUACUUAAUAGAAUAGAUGUUGGAUACACAUGCCAGCUCCUUCUCUACCUCCAUCUCUAUCUCCAUUUCCUCUCUCCAUCUCUAUUUCCAUCUCCAUCUGUAUCCGAUUAGCACAGUCGUGAUAAUGCAGCAUUAGCAUCAGGCGACAGCAAAUGGUGCGAGCGAGACCGUCAUAUUUAAUUAUAAGAGACAGCAAAUGAGAUACGCAGUCGUUGAUGAUUAUAAUCACAACGUACGUGCAUUUAUCAUAUAUGAGUACAUUUAUUUAUACAUAUAUAUUCUCUUUUAAUAUUUGUAUUGUAUUUUUUUUUUAAUUAUUUAUUUUUACUUUACUUUUAAAAAAGCAAACACUUUAUGUCUUUAGAGAAAGAGCCAAUCAAAUUGUACAUUAUUAGUUACUUGUCUCGCUCGCACACACUUGCACGCUGCUCUCGAGCAAUUAUAAUGUUGGAUUGUCACGGCAUUUAAGUGAAACACACACGGAAUAUUUAGAGUGACAGUUUGAUGAUAAAUUCAGAAAACUGCUUCUUCAUCUGGUUUUUAUGGCAUUUUCCUGCCUAGGAGAGUAGACUCUAAAUUUUGGUACAAAAAUUAUCAGUCUACCCUUUGCCUGUGAAGGUAAAGUAGUAUGUCCGAGAUGUGGAAAUAAUUCUACAUACACAUUUCGUAUUUGCUUGCCACCUUCAAUUGAUGGAUGCCAUACAGACAUACAUACAUAAAUAAAUACAUAUUGUAGAUCUUCCCCCUUUCGUUUUGCUCAACAUACUGAGCGUAGUAUUUUAGAACAUGUGAUAUGUAUUAUAAUAAGGAUUUUCGCAAUAUUUCAAUUACAAGUGGUAGUGGGACUCAUUCCAAUAUUUAUGCAAAUUGCCCGCAAAUACUGAUUACAUACAUAUGUAUACAUAUAUACAUGCAUUUAUGAAUACCCAUUACCGAUUAUCAAUUACCGAUUGCGAACUUUUAUUUUGUUCAGUGUAUAUGAUACAAUUGAAGGCAUGCUAAUAACUUCUUGCCUACAAAUCUAUAUAGCAUACAUAUACCUUAUUCCGCCCUAUUCACCGUCUAUCUUAAAUCACCCAACAAACAUUUUCCUCAGUAUUAGGACACACUCGCUUCCCCAUCAUUUUCCGCAUGCCCCCCAAACAAAUUUUCGAUAAUACCUACAAAAAACUCGUGCAGCUAAGGUAGAAGUGACAUUAGAAUUUCGACUCUUUAGAUUGGAUAUACAUACAUACAUAUAUGUGCAUUUAUGCACAAUAUAAGCCCUGAAUCCCCUCCUUAUCUUUAAACAGUACCCCCCUCACUCAAUCAAUGACUCCUUUCACUGAACUCACAUAAGUACACGCCGUUUUGUAAAUUGAAUACAUGCACACAUAAGGACUUUUACAUAAGGAACACGCAGACACAUACAUACGAAUAUAAACAUACAUACAUACAUAGAAUUUAAGCUAAGUGUAGAAUCUUAUAGUACAUACAUACAUAGGCUACUAUGUAGAACACAAACAAACACACACGCAAUGUAAUUAUGUAUUUACUAUUUUUAAUAAAGUUAAUUAAAUCA